AUCAAAACUCGGAAGAAACGUGCACGUGUCCAAGUCCACAUAUCAGUUGUAUUUCUACGUUGAUUUCUUUUUUUCAUGGUUGUCGAGUAGGCAAGAUGUUCACGGCUAAUGCAAAAAUAAUUAAAAGCGGUGGAUCCGAACCUGACCAGUUCGAGACGAGCAUCUCUAAUGCUCUUCUGGAAUUGGAAAUGAAUAGCGAUUUAAAAUCGCAAUUAAGAGAACUUUAUAUUACCAAGGCAAAAGAACUAGAAACAAGUAAUAAGAAGUCUAUAAUUAUAUAUGUUCCCAUGCCCAAAUUAAAAGCGUUUCAAAAGAUACAGACGCGAUUAGUACGUGAAUUAGAGAAGAAAUUUUCUGGCAAACAUGUGAUGUUUGUUGGAGAACGUAAAAUUUUACCAAAACCGACAAGGAAAACUCGUACCAAAAAUAAACAAAAGCGUCCUAGAAGUCGGACAUUAACCUCUGUUUAUGAUGCCUUAUUAGAGGAUAUUGUGUAUCCUGUGGAGAUUAUUGGCAAACGUAUUCGAGUGAAACUUGAUGGAUCUCAAGUUAUUAAAGUCCAUUUGGACAAAAAUGAGCAAACAAAUAUUGAGCAUAAGGUUGAUACUUUCGCUUCGGUGUAUAAACAAUUGACUGGGCGAGAUGUAACAUUCGAAUUUCCCGAAUCGUUCUACGAAAGGAAAAUAGCGUGAGAACAUAGGGCAGAUGUGAGUAUAGAAAUGUACAAAACCAGGCGACUGUGCAAUAACACCAGUAGUUUUGGAUCAGGGUCAGGCAGGCCCAGAGGGUCGAAGGGUCGAAGGGCUCAAGAAACAGCGUACGUUUCUCUUUCUUCCUUCGUUUGCUCGUCAUAUUCACUAUACGACGAGCCGUGGAACAAACUAUGAAUAUUCGCGAAUUUUUAAUUUCUUUGUGCGAAGAAAAAAACAUCCGUUUUUAAUUAAACUGAUAAAGAUAAUAAUGGAUAUUUGCGAUUCUAUGUGUAUGUUAAUUAUUUAACGUAUGUUAAAUAAUUAAAUUUUUAAUAACACGAAAACGAAAGAAGUUUGCGAUGAAGAAAAAUACAUAAUAUGCAUUAUUUGAAUAAUAAUUUGGAUAUUAAUAAAGAGGAAUAUUUUUUCU